AUGGCAAUCUUCACUGAUAUGAUAGAAAAAUUUGUUGAAGUAGUAAUGGAUGAUUUUCCGGUCAUUGGACCAUCUUUUGAUGAAUUAUUAACGAAUUUGAGUAAAAUUCUUGCCAGGUGUGAGGAAAUAAACUUGGUGCUAAACUGGAAAAAGUAUCAUUUUAUGGUACAAGAAGGAAUUGUGAUCUGGCACAAAGUGUCCAAAGAUGGGUUGGAGGUGGACAAGUCAAAAGUGGAAGCAAUCAACAAAUUGCCACCUCCAAUAUCUGUCGAAGGAGUCAGAAGCUUCUUGGGCCAUGCAUGUUUUUACCGUAGAUUCAUUAAGGAUUUCUCUACAAUUUUUGCUCCCUUGUGCAGGUUAAUUGAAAAGGAUACUCCUUUAAAUUUUGAUGAUGCUUGCUUGAAGUCCUAUGAGGAACUAAAAAAGAUAUUGGUGACUGAAUUUGAUUUGGAAAUCCGAUAUCGAAAGGGGAUGAAAAAUCAGGUGGCUGAUCACUUUUCACACUUGGAAACUCGCGCAUAUGUUGAUGAAGAAGGUGAGAUUAAGGAGAGCUUCCCCGAUGAGCAGUUUCCAACUAUUACAGUUGGUGCAACCCCAUGGUACGCCGAUUAUGUGAAGUUCAUUGUAAGUGGGGUGACACCUCCAGAGUUAUCACUGAAUGGUGCCAAAGAAAGGGUACAUUUUCGGAGGCAGAUGCCUUUGAAGGGCAUACUUGAGGUUGAGAUCUUUGAUUUGUGGGGAAUAGACUUCAUGGGGACCUUUCCAUAUUCCAAUGGUCACCGGUAUAUCUUGGUAGCGGUUGAUUAUGUGUCCAUGUGGGCGGAGGUCGUAGGUUUGCCUAUCGAUGAUGCUAAAGUUGUGGUGAACUUUGUGAAAAAUAAUAUCUUCACGAGAUUUGGAACUCCACGUGCUUUGAUUAGUGAUAGGGGUACUCACUUUUGUAACAAACUAUUGGGAAACCUCUUGGCUAAGUAUGGGGUAAAACACAAGAUCACAAUGGUUUAUCAUUCACAAAUGAGUGGCCAAGUUGAGGUUUCAAAUAGGGAGGUGAAACAAAUGUUGGUUUAUGGAAAGGCUUGUCACUUGUCGGUUGUGCUUGAGCACAAGGCAUAUUGGGAAAUCAUGAAGCUCAACUUUGAUAUGGAUCUAGCUGGGAAGAAAAGAAUAUUGCAACUCAAUAAGCUUGAGGAGUUUCAGUUGCAUGCAUAUGAGAACACGAAGUUGUAUAAGGAUGUCAUGACAAGCACAUUAUGCAUCAUGAGUUUGAGCCAGGUCAAGCCAUUCUCUUGUUUAAUUCGAGGUUGA